UUAAGUUUCCAAAGAUAAUAAAAAAAUUAAAAUCUACUUAAUAUAUUUUUUAAAAUGGCUGAUCCAACGAUUCAGACAUUUUGUUGCCAUCAUACAGGAAGUAAAGAGGACAUGGCCGUACGAAUUAUGGAUGAAUUUAACACUGAUUCGUAUAAUAUAGUAUGUUUGGUUUCUUCUUCCAUUGGAAUCUUAGGUGCUAUUUAUCAGAUCUUCCCAGAUAUUUUAUCAAUUACAAGACCAAGAAAGAAUCUAUCUCAAGGGCGAAGAAUUAUCAUCUGGCUAGCAAUUGCAGACCUGCUGGCAUCUUCGGGUGUUCUAGUUCGGUCUUCUCUCUGGCUUAAAUAUAAAAACAUAAUGCCCAUGCCUGGUGAUGAUGUCAGUGUAUUAUUCUGUAGUAUUAUUUCUGCCUGGAUACAAUAUUUCUAUACAGCAACUUGGUUUUGGACUCUUUUUUAUGCCAUAGAUACAUGGAAUACUAUCAAGAGGCGUGAUUCGCAUACAAUUUUGUAUCAUUCUUUUGCUUGGGGACUUCCUAUAGCCACUACUAGCAUCGGACUGUCAAUCUUAUAUAUUCCUAAUGCAAUGUGUCAUAAUUUACCAUCAGUAACUAGUGCUUUAUAUAAAAUUUUACCAAAUUACUUUGCAUCAUAUGUUCCAAUUGCAAUUGUCAUGAUAGCCAAUCCUAUAAUAUACAUGUUUUCAAGCAAGAAUGUUGAAACAGCCAUAUCAUUACCCCUAGCGCAGUUUACAAGCAAAGAAAGAAGAGUUGUAGAUGCUUUACGUUUGAAGUUCUUCUUUAUCAACAUUGUGUUUUACAUAUGUUGGCUCCCAAACCUGUUGAAUGGUAUACUUUUGUGGACGAUGUGGUUUAGUGUACCGAUAAACGCAGUAGUUGUCAUUUGGUAUAUUAUGGCUCUUCUCAACCCGAUGCAAGCCUUACUGAAUGCUUUAGUAUAUCGGAGAUGGAAUUUAAGUAAAUGGCGUUUUUCUCAGAGAAAUUCGAAAAUGUUUCGCCGAGAUGUUAUGUAUUACGAUGAACAAUCACCAUUGCUGGGCUCGGAGCCACCAAGACAUCACAUGUCCGCUGCUCCGCCUAGUAUAAAUAAUUAUGCAACUCUGUGAUGUAUCUACAUAGUUUAGUUAGUUGCUAAAUACUUAUUAUGUUUUAAUGCGACUCCCGUAUGUUGUUAAUCCAUUAUAUUGUUAUAUUUUUAUUCGUUUUUUGUUGUUGUUCUAUAAACGUAAUCAUGAUGAUUAAUUAGGUGCUCAUCGUCAUCACGUCGUCUAUGCUAUUCCGUUUUUAUCAGCUGUCGUUCUUUUUCAAACUUUACCUUGUCUCAAAUUGUUUUCUGAUCCUUUAUCUUCUAUUAAGCAAGUAAAUCAGUUAUAAUGAAAACUA